UCUACUCCAACACUGUCAAUUCUAUCUUCCCUCGCUGUUUAUAAAUCAUCUCUUCUCAGUAGUUUUCUUCAAAUCAUUAUUGUUUCACGUUUUGGAAACGGCUACACUGCAGUGGCUGCACCCGGCUGUGGGACAAUGACGGAGGCUGUUGGGGAAGGAAUACCAACAGGAGACAAACUCGUAUUGAGGGGCUUGAAAUUUCAUGGUUACCAUGGGGUAAAGCCGGAAGAGAAAACACUGGGUCAGAAGUUCGUGAUUGAUGUAGAUGCCUGGAUGGAUCUUCGGAAGGCCGGUAAAUCAGACGACUUAUCCGUCACCCUUAGUUACACCGCUAUUUACCGCAUAGUGAAGGAAGUAGUGGAAGGACAAUCUCAGAAUCUUCUGGAAUCAGUGGCUCAAAAGAUUACAUCAAAGAUCUUCACAAAUCACCCUCAGAUAUCUGCUGUUCGUGUGCAAGUUCAGAAGCCUCAUGUUGCUGUUCAGGGUUCUAUCGACUACCUUGGAGUUGAGAUUAUCAGAUAUAGGAGCAUUGAUGCUCCUAACUAAUCUUCGACAUAUACAUCUACAUGCAUACAUGUAUGAAUGUAUGUAUGUAUGUAUGAAUGUUUCAUCUUCUGGAAACUCACAUGCGUGUGGGAACGGAUCAACUUCAUCUAUGCCCGGUAUUGCCCGAACGGUUUUAGUUGUUUUUUGUGUUUUAUGUAUUGCGUGGUGGAAUGUGUCCAAGUUGCCAACUCUAUCAUCAUAUAGUCUCUUCGUAAUAAAACU